GCCAAACACCUCCUUAUCUCACAACGUCCACAAUCCCACCCUCCGCAGAAUAAUUGAAGAGAUUGAUGAUCCGGUUCUCAGAGGAGGAAAAGGAAAAGCAAAAGCAAAAGCAAAAGCAAAAGCAAAAAAGAAUACUGAAAAAAAAUCUAAAAAAGGAGAGAAAAUGGUUGUGACGACGACAGCGACGGCGAAUGACGUUGCGUAUGGAGAUGGAAGCGAGACGAGGACGUGCGUGGUGCUCGGGGGUCGAGGCUUCUUAGGGAGAUCGCUCGUCACUAGGUUGCUGCGACUCGGAGGCUGGAUCGUCCGUGUCGCCGAUUCAUCUUCUCACUCGCUGCAAGUCGAUCCUUCCUCCGCUUCCGAUUCUAUCCUCUUCGCUGCGCUUUCUUCCGGUCAAGCCUCUUUUUGCCAUGUUGACGUUCGCGAUACAUCUCAAAUCAUCAAAGUAACUGAAGGUGCAGAUGUUGUAUUUUACAUGGAAAGGACUGAUAUAGACACACAUGAUUUCUAUAAUUGCUACAUGAUUAUUGUUCAGGGUGCAAAAAAUGUCAUUAAUUCUUGCCAAGAAUGUAAAGUUAGACGACUCAUAUACAACAGUUCUGCAGACGUUGUUUUUGACGGUUCACAGGAUAUACUUAUUGGGGAUGAAUCCUUCUCUUGCCCAGGGAAAUUUCUGGAUGUGCUGAUUGAUCUUAAGUUUCAAGCGGAAGGACUAAUCAGGUUAGCUAACAAUAUUGAUGGUCUUGUAACAUGUGUACUUCGCCCUAGCAAUGCCUUUGGACCUGGUGACACAUGGUUUGUGCCUUUGCUAGUGAAUCUAGCCAAGUCUGGUUUGGGAAAGUUUAUUACAGGAAGUGGAGAAAAUAUGUCUGACUUUACCUAUGCGGAGAACGUUGCUCAUGCUCAUAUCUGUGCAGCAGAAACUCUAGAUUCUCGGAUAGUCUCUGUGGCUGGAAAGGCCUUUUUUAUCACGAAUCUCGAGCCUAUGAUGUUCUGGGAAUUUGUGUCUCUGAUACUUGAAGGCUUAGGGUAUCAAAGGCCAUUCAUAAAAAUUCCCACUUGGAUUGUUGCCUAUGUUCUCUCACUUCUUCAACGUAUACAUGAGGAAUCACACUUCAGAAUUGAUAAAUAUUCACCUCACUACAUUGUUCAAUUAGCUUCAUGUACCACAACUUUUGACUGCUCAGAGGCUCAAAAGCAUCUGGGAUAUUCACCCAUUAUCUACCUAGAAGAUGGUAUCAAGUCAACCAUUGAAUCAUUCUCUCGUUUAGCUAAAGACUCAUCUUUUAUGAGAGACAACAAUUUUAGAGAACAAUCAAAAGCAGUGAAGCUGCUAGGCAGUGGGAUAGUUGCAGAUGUCUUGCUGUGGCGGGAAAUAAAGAGAACACUUUUAUGCUUUCUUAUCUUGGCUUUGUUAUUUUACUGGUUCUUUCUGUGUGGAAGAACUUUUACUUCAUCAGUAGCCAAGCUUCUGCUGCUAGUUACAGUCACUCUUUACGGAUAUGGAAAUUUAUCAUCAAAGAUACAUGCUUUUGCCGUUAAAAGGAUAUCGUCGUCUUGUUUUGAAAUCACUGAAUCAACUGUGAAAAAUUCACUCAGAUCUGUAUCAUAUAUAUGGAAUAGAGGAAUUCGUCACAUCAAAUUGUUGGGAAAGGGGGAAGACUGGAGCAAGUUUUUCAAGGUUGCGGUUUUUCUUUAUUUCACCAAGUGGGUUCUAUCUUAUUCCUUGGCUGUGUUUGUUGGCAUUGCUAUGGUUUUCGCCUUCACUGCAUUCUUUGUCUAUGAACAAUAUGAACCAGUGAUUGAUGGAUUAGGGGAGGUCCUGUUCUAUGGUAUCAUGGAAUCAAAAGAAUUGCUAAGGAGGAACCUACGGACUCUGAUUGCUUCAUUUCUUUAAAACUGAAAUAGUUUGCAUCAACAAGAUGCUGUGGAUCAAGUUCUUGAUGCAUUUUAGUUUCCUUUACUGAUGGGACUAUCGUGGUUAGACUUGCUUCAAACUUUACAAAAAUGUUUUCCUGUCAAAGCUCCGGAUGCUUUUCUAUUGAGCAUUUUGGCAGUGAUGGUGGUGUUGGCGUGGAUCAGACCAGAGUCAUUGGCACUCUGAACCCCAUUUUUAAGAAAAAGAAGGCUGCCAAAGCAUUUGAAAGCUUGCCAUGCCCUGCAACGGUGAAGGUAAACUAUUUGUAUAGGAAGGAAAUUUAAAUUUGUAGCUGGAAGAAAAAAAAUCAUAUGGGUCAAAGUCAAUAUUUAUCAAAACAAAUUCCCAUCACUUAUUUAUAUAUAUAUAAAAUGAUCUACCACUUGUUGCAUAGAAUUAUAAUGCUUAAUCCAGUUUAAGUCUAAGUGGUACUGUAAAUUGAGUUACCUUUGUUCUUUUCUUUUUUCUUUUUGUAAUUAAUUUGAUUUCAAACCCAGAUUAAGUCUAAUUGGUACUGUAAUUCGAGUUGCCCUUC